CCCCCCACGGAGACGGAGUUUUCCGAUGAAGGCGCUAGUGCCUCCCGCAUUGCAACGGAGAGCACGUCGUCCGGGGACCUGCAAGCCGUCGUCGGCAGUGACGGAGCCGCUGCAGUCGGAAUGGUGGAAAAGGAGAAGGCUCUUGUAACCUUGGCGUAUGCCUCUGCGGCGAUGUGCGCGACGGCUGCCGGGGGUGCGGUAUAUCCCAUUAGGAUUUUCACUUUCAUUUUCGGAAUAGCACCUAAAAUAUUUACUAGGAUUACUAUUUUUACUAUAUUUUACAUGCUAUUUCAUACGGAGACGGGGGAAUGUCAUCGGUAUUGACGUUCAGCUGAUUUCUGUUUGAGUGCAAAAAUGCAAUCAUACUAUCGGUAUUCGUGCAGAGCAAUUUUAGUCGGAACAUCGUACAUUUCUCGUAGUAGCGCAAUAGCAUCGUACGCACAAAAACUAAAAGUAAGCAGCUACAUCAUGAGAACGUAAACACGAUGAAGGAAACAAGAACACCGAUGCUGGAAUGAUGAUGGACUUUUGAUUGCACGAUGUCAGGUUUGUUUGUGAACCCAAUAUACGCGCAAUACUGCAAUUCACAAUUGGUAACACCCCACUACGUUUGAGGAUCGUAACCUCUAUGAAAGUUUCCAAAUUUGUUGUUCACCACGAUCACAGGAAACUUCACAGGUGGGCACGGCUGCUGGUGCGGGGGCAUCCGCUGCGCGCGCUGUAUAUCAAGACAGCACCGGACAAAGGAGUCUGGUGGUCGAGCGUACGGCGUUUGCCAAAUGCACGAACUCCGCUGCUGCGCUCCCUUUCACUUUUUCUACCCAUAUCAACGACUCCGAAGCCGUGGCCGAAGCGAAAGCAGAAAAAUAUGCGGUGGAUGAAGAAAUAUGCCGCGGCUCCGGCUCCUUCGAGUCGUGCGAAUUGUGCCCCAAGUCGUGAGCAAGAUGAUGGAGCAGGAUGAUGGCUGAUGGUUGUUGUGAGACUAGGAAAGACUACACUUUGUACCAAACCAAUGACAAAAUGCUCUCCAGAGCUCUUUUUCUAGAGCUCUUUCGAUUUAUGCCUUGCUUUCAUGUCGCAGAGGAACUUUCUGUUCGAGCUACUCCUUGUCGAUUAUCGUAUCGUAGUUCGAGUACUGUAAAUCUGUUGUUUCUUUACUGCAAUCGAGAGCGAGUAGAAAAGCAAGCAGAAGAGGCACUUUGUUCGACACAAAAAGGAACAUGAGCAACCACCUUGCGCCACCCGUGUUAACGAGCUUCGGCUCAAGGCUGUGAUAAUGUAAACUGUCAGGAGAUUCUUUUUUGGUCUUGGAGGGACCACCGUGUUCCACUGCUUCGCUUCUGAAAGAU